AUGCUUUUGAUCACAAAAAGCUCUAUAUCAAGAACAGCUUCUAAUAUUAAUAAUAUCAAUAUUAGCUGUCAAUUAUGUAAAUACGAAAAACUUCCUUUACGUCGACUUUUUCUUUACACUCGACAAGAUGAAAAUCAAAAACGCGUAUUACUCAGCAAUUAUCACGCGUUAAAUGGACUUUUAAGAAGCGGCACCACCAUAAAAAACAAAUUUGCAACAUCACAUCUGAUUAACCGUGAUAGCAUGAAUCGGAAAACUUUAUACACGAAUAAUCUCGGACGGAUAUAUGAAAAUAUGCCACAACAUCGACCAAAAACCGAGAUGGGACUUCAACCUGUAAUUAGGCUCGAAGGUCGUACGGCAAACGAAAUUUGGGAUGAUUAUUCAAAAUUGACCGUUGAACAGAUAAGAACAUUACAGGUCGAACCGGAUUUCAAUAUUAUGCUUUCGAUAUUUAAGAGAGAACUCAUCAAACCCGGCGUCGGCUUGAUGAUGAAACAUAUAUUCAAUGAUAUUAUGGAAAAGGCAGGUCAAAAACCGAGCAUGAAUUGUUUCAAUAUCAUGUUAUCCGCGUACAAGGAGCUCAAAGAUCUGGUAGGAUGCAAAGCUUGCUAUCAGAAAAUGCAAGAAUUUGAAGUGCCAGUAAACAGGGUCACGUACAAUGUUAUGAUAGCGGCGCAUGUGAAACUUGGAGAUCCCAUGGAUGGAAUUAAAUUAUAUGAAGAGAUGGUCAAGCGAAAUAUCAGACGUGAAAAAACCACAUACAUGAUAAUGAUCGAUGCGUAUCUGAGAGCAAGGGAUAGGUUGGAUGAGAACGUUUGCAUGGAAAAAGCCAUGGAAAUAUUUCGAUCAAUCGAACGUGACAGAUUAACAUAUGAUGAUCGCACAUUUAAUGCUAUUAUGAAUUUUCGAGUAAAGAUGAACCUGAACGAUAAGAACAUGGAUGAAGUGGCAGACUUGUUUCGAGAGAUGAAAAAACGAAGGAUCCAACCAACCACCGUCACUUAUUCUAUAUUAAUAAAUGCAUUGGUACAAGCCAAAAGAAAGGAUGAAGCCGUUGAACUAUAUAAAGAGAUGCAACGAUACAAUAUACCUGAUAAUGUGCAAAUCCUUAAAUCACUUGAUAUCUCAAAACUAGAAGCGUUAAAAAUGAUGAGACAAAAAUCUUCCUUCACAGAAAGAGAUUAUAAUGAACUAAUCGCGAACGCAAUCAAAGAAUCAGAUUGGAUUCACGCAUUCGAGGUCUUUAAAACGAUGCGCCAAAAAGGAGUUGAACCAACAAUCACCACUUAUACCAUCUUCAUCGAAGCAUACAUUAAGAACUCAGAAAUCGAUCUAGCGAUGGACAUUUUUAAAGGGAUGAAGCAUGAAGGAAUCCAACCGGAUAUCUACAUUUUCACCUCUUUAAUAAAAGGAAACCUGAAAGUAUCCAGAUUCGGGGAAGCGUUGGAACUGAUCAGUCUAAUGGAGAAGGAUGGCGUCAAAGGAAACACUGUCACCAUGAAUACUCUAAUAAAAGCUGCUGCUGAUUUCAAAGAAUAUAAUUUAGCGGAAGGAGUAUACAAAAGAAUGCAAAGAAAUCAAAUCUCACCAGAUCGUGCGACCUAUAAGAUUUUAUUAUGGCUUGCAGCACAAUAUCGUGAUGAUGAAACAUUGGAAGAAUUGUUGAAGGAGAUGCGGGAAAAGUAUAAACUUGAAGAGAAUGACGAAAUUUAUCAAUCGAUAAUUACCGGAUUCAGUAAAGCGGGAAAAGUUUAUGAUGCUAUGAGAUGGUAUUAUGACAUGAAAAACAAAGGAUUCCAACCAUCACGUGUCAUCAUUUCUCAUCUGAUCGAGAUAUUCUCAAAGAGACGUGAUAAUCCAACGACGAUUCGAUUAUGGAAUGAAAUGUUGGAAUUGAAACAUAAACCGGAUGGACUUGACGUUCGAAACGUAAUGGAAGUCGCUGAUGGAAUAGCUGCCAAACAGAUUGCCAAGCAAUUAGAAGCACUUGGUCGUGGGGAACAAGUUGAAAGAUUGCAAGUUGUUGGCGAUGGUGAUGAUCCUCAAACUUUUCUACGACAACUCAAGAAAUCUUCAGACUUUAAAUUAAACAGGGAUACCGGGAGUCGUCAAUUUGACAAUCAACUAAAUUAUAAUAUGAACACUAUGAAUAAUAAUAAUCUGAAUCAUAACAGGUACAAUGAUCCUCAAAGAGACUCGUAUUAA